AUGUUGUCAUCUCGUCUCUCCCGCGCGCUUCCGCGCACUGCUCCUUUCGCUCGUGCUCCCGCAUUCAGACUCCCUGGCGCCGCUGCCCGGAGAUGGAACUCGACAGAGGAGAAGGUGAAGGGCCAGGUCAUUGGUAUUGACUUGGGUACCACAAACUCCGCUGUUGCCGUCAUGGAGGGCAAGACCCCUAAGAUCAUCGAAAACGUUGAAGGUGCCCGCACAACACCCUCUGUCGUCGCUUUCGCCCAGGAUGGCGAGCGUCUUGUCGGUAUUGCUGCCAAGCGCCAGGCUGUUGUCAACCCCGAAAACACGCUUUUUGCCACCAAGCGUCUCAUCGGUCGCAAGUUCACCGAUGCCGAGGUUCAGCGCGAUAUCAAGGAGGUCCCCUACAAGAUCAUCCAGCACACCAACGGCGACGCCUGGGUUGAGGCUCGUGGCGAAAAGUACUCUCCCGCCCAGAUUGGUGGUUUCGUUCUCAACAAGAUGAAGGAGACUGCUGAAAACUACCUGGGCAAGCCCGUCAAGAACGCCGUUGUCACUGUUCCCGCCUACUUCAACGACUCCCAGCGUCAGGCUACCAAGGACGCUGGUCAGAUCGCUGGUCUCAACGUUCUUCGUGUUGUCAACGAACCUACCGCUGCCGCUCUUGCCUAUGGUCUUGAGAAGGAGGCUGACCGUGUUGUCGCUGUCUACGACCUUGGUGGUGGUACUUUUGAUAUCUCUGUCCUGGAGAUCCAAAAGGGCGUCUUCGAGGUCAAGUCGACCAACGGUGACACCCACCUUGGUGGUGAGGACUUUGACAUUAGCCUCGUCCGCCACAUUGUCCAGCAGUUCAAGAAGGAGUCUGGGCUUGACCUCUCUGGUGACCGCAUGGCUAUCCAGCGUAUCCGUGAGGCCGCUGAAAAGGCCAAGAUUGAACUGUCUUCCUCUCUCCAGACCGAGAUCAACCUUCCUUUCAUCACUGCUGAUGCCAGCGGUGCCAAGCACAUCAACCUGAAGAUGACCCGCGCUCAGCUCGAGUCUCUGGUUGACCCUCUCAUCAACCGCACCAUUGAGCCCGUCCGCAAGGCCCUCAAGGAUGCCAACCUCCAGUCCAGCGAGAUCCAGGACAUUAUCCUCGUCGGUGGUAUGACCCGUAUGCCCAAGGUUACUGAGUCCGUCAAGUCCAUGUUUGGCCGCGAGCCCGCCAAGUCGGUCAACCCAGAUGAGGCUGUCGCCAUCGGUGCUGCCAUCCAGGGUGCCGUCCUUGCUGGUGAGGUCACUGACGUUCUGCUCCUUGACGUCACCCCUCUGUCUCUCGGUAUCGAGACUCUCGGUGGUGUCUUUACUCGCCUGAUCAACCGCAACACCACCAUCCCCACCAAAAAGUCCCAGACCUUCUCUACUGCUGCCGACUUCCAGACUGCUGUCGAGAUCAAGGUCUUCCAGGGUGAGCGUGAGCUCGUCAAGGACAACAAGCUGCUCGGAAACUUCCAGCUUGUUGGUAUCCCCCCGGCCCACCGUGGUGUCCCCCAGAUUGAGGUCACCUUUGACAUUGAUGCCGACUCCAUCGUCCACGUCCACGCCAAGGACAAGUCCACCAACAAGGACCAGUCCAUCACCAUUGCCUCUGGCUCUGGUCUCUCCGACUCUGAGAUCCAAUCCAUGGUCGAAGAUGCUGAGAAAUACGGUGCUCAGGACAAGGAGCGUAAGGCCGCUAUCGAGGCUGCCAACCGCGCCGACAGCGUCCUGAACGACACUGAAAAGGCCCUCAAGGAGUUCGAGGACCGCCUCGACAAGGCCGAGGCCGAGCAGAUCCGUGAAAAGAUCAACACCCUGCGCGAGUUUGUCGCUAAGAACCAGUCUGGCGAGCUUGCUGCCACCGCCGAGGAGCUCAAGCAAAAGACUGAUGAGCUCCAGACUGCCAGCUUGACCCUCUUCGACAAGAUGCACAAGGCCCAGUCUGAGCAGCAGCAGCAGCAGCCUCCCCAGGGCGAGUCCGGCCAGGGUGAGAACAAGCAAUAA